CACGAUAAAAAAGGACAUUGACAGAUACUGACAUUUUCCUAAUUGAAAUGAAACAACGGCCGUGUCCGUUUGGGAAGCCGGAGGUUCGGAGCGCCUUCAGCUGUUACCCAAUGAAAUUCUCCGCUCUUUUGACCAAUCAGCGGCGAGGAGGCGGGGCCGCCGGGCAGGAUAAAAGGGGCUCGCGGGCGAGCAGUGUUGCUGUUUUGGGCUGUUUGCGGCAGGGAGCUGCUAUGGCGCGUACGAAGCAGACGGCGCGUAAGUCGACGGGCGGCAAGGCGCCCCGCAAGCAGCUGGCCACCAAGGCGGCCCGCAAGAGCGCGCCGGCCACGGGCGGCGUCAAGAAGCCGCACCGCUACCGGCCCGGCACGGUGGCGCUGCGCGAGAUCCGGCGCUACCAGAAGUCCACGGAGCUGCUGAUCCGCAAGCUGCCCUUCCAGCGCCUGGUGCGCGAGAUCGCGCAGGACUUCAAGACCGACCUGCGCUUCCAGAGCUCGGCCGUGAUGGCGCUGCAGGAGGCCAGCGAGGCCUACCUGGUGGGGCUCUUCGAGGACACCAACCUGUGCGCCAUCCACGCCAAGCGCGUCACCAUCAUGCCCAAGGACAUCCAGCUGGCCCGCCGCAUCCGCGGCGAGCGCGCUUAAGUCUUCCAGCUUUCAGCUUCAAAACCGAAAGGCUCUUUUAAGAGCCACUACAAGGCCACCGGAGAGAGCUGUUGUCUCUUGUUACGGAGCAGGCACAGGCAGUCCGCACCAAGCACUUGUCCGUGCUUAAAGCAGUACUAGUUCUGGGGUAGCAGGGGGGAUUGCAGGCCUUCCGUAGUGUCCAGCCCCUUGCGCUCCGUAUGCGUUGGUGCUUCGAAGGCUCGCUGUACAGAGCCGCCGGCGCUGGGAGGGUGUCAGGGGCUGUGGUGAGGCGAGAGCGGUGCUUAGAGAACAGGCAGCCUCACAAGCAGGACGGGGGAGGAGGGGAAGGCUUUGGGCACAGGGCUCGCAGCCCCUUUGCCGUGCAGUGCCUAGGGCGCUAACGGGUGCUUUCCGCUGUUUCUUCUUCCCGCUCUGUCCCGCCCACCGAAAGGAGAGGGGAGAGCCGCCGCCAUUUCAGGAGCUUCCUUCCCCUUCCAGGCUGUGGCGGUGAAAUUGGUGCCGCGAGAGCGGCUGCGGCAAUCGCGGUUGCCCCGGACCUCCAAACCCUUUCUUUUUCUCUCCCCUGUCUGUCUGUCCCUUCCAGCGCCCUUUCGAAAGAGGGUCUGGGGGUUGAGCGGGUGGGGCUCCGUGUGGAGGAGAAUGGGGGAAUAAAGGACGUGACUUUCCGAACACGUUUCCCUCUAACACCAGAUGCCUCCCUCCAGCAAAGCGCUACAGCCGUUGCCCUCGUAAGAGUUCCCGCAGUAAGAUCAGGGCAUUUCCCGCUCCCGAGCGCGAGAAUUCCCCUCGUUUAGCGUGGGGAGGCGGCUGGGGGAGGCAGCUGUGCGCUUCAGAAGCUACAGAAAACAAAACCCCUUCCCCCUUUUCCCCUCCCCCAGACUUAAUCCCCAAAA